AUGUAAGCUUUGAAAAAGUAUCUUCCGAAAGAAUUUAUACCUAUCAAGACACAGAUUCAUUAAAUUGAAUGUGCCCAGUCAUGGUCUUAACUUACUAAGACAGAGAAGCUAUAUGCUUACUAUCUUGCAAGAGCCUCAUGGGAGGGAGCAAAAAUCUGUUGGUUCUAGAGAUCUUACGAAAGCCCAGCACUUUUGGUCCUCCUGAAGCUGAUCUUCUCUUAAAAUCUGGAAUCUUUGAGGGAAAAAGCUCUUGCCAAACAACUAACUGAUGAUGAAUGGAGAUAGAUGCUUGCAUACAGUGCUGCAGUAUUUGACAAUCAUGGAAACUAUAAGUCAUUUGGAGAUUCCAAAUUUGUUCCAGAAUUAGAAUCAGAGAAAUUUAAAGUUGUAGUUGAGUCUUCAGAUAGCUAUCAGACGCAUAAGGAAGUGAUAGAUAACAUAUUGGGUCUAAUUGAAGAUGUCAUCUACUCUGAAGGUGAGCCAAAUCACAUCGGAUUCCCAGAUAAAAAUGGUCAAACCUCCUACUACUCAUCAAAUGUUACCUCAGAUGAAUCUAGCAGAAUCGAUCAAUUCUGCCAAUCACAAAAGAUAUCACCCUUAAAUACUAGAUUAUUUAAAUUAGGGGAUAAUGAAUUCGAACUUAAGAUUGCAUCAUUGAGAUCAGAUGCCUCGAAGACUCCUUACCUAAAGACUUACGAGUGGGAAGACCUUAAAAUUCACGUUACUGCCAGUGAUUUCAGCGAUAUCAUGGGACAAGUUGUGUCUAACUUAGAAAAAGCUUACCACUACACAGCAAAUGACAACCAAAGAAAUAUGGUUAGAGAUUACAUCGAGCAUUUUAGAUUUGGAGAACAUUGGAUCAAGGAUGUUGGCCCAAUUGUAGAGAGUGAUAUUGGAUUCAUUGAAACAUACUUAGAUCCUUCAGGAGCAAGAGCUGAAUUUGAGGGUUUUGUCGCUGUUGUUGAUAAGAUCACAUCAGAGAAGUUCAAUCAGUUAGUUAAAGAUGCUGAGCACCUUAUUUCAUUCUUACCUUGGGGCAAAGAAUUUGAGAAAGAUAAAUUCAGUAAACCAGAUUUCACAAACCUUGACGUAUUGGCAUUCGCUUCUUCAGGUGUUCCGAUUGGCAUUAAUAUUCCAAACUAUGAUGAUAUCAGAAUGAACGAAGGUUUUAAGAAUGUCAAUCUUGGCAACGCUUAUCCCAGAGCUAAGUCAACAAAUAUUAAGUUCUUGAAAUAAAGUGAUGUCGAUCUUAUGGUUAAGUAUGAUAAGGAAUCACUUACACUGAUUGUAGCACUUCACGAGCUACUUGGACACGGCACAGGAAAACUUUUUGUAAAGAAUGUUGAGACUGGCGAGGUAAACUUCGAUGAGAAUAUGAAGCAUCCAUUUAAUGAUGGAAAUAUUACUACUUUCUAUUUGAGCACUGAGACCUGGUCAUAAAAAUUCGGAAAACUCCAUUCAGGUUACGAGGAAUGCAGAGCUGAUACUGUUGCUCUUUACUUAAUGCAUUUCAAAGAGCCUUUCCAAAUAUUCUUCCCCGACAGACAAGCAGAAUGGGAUGAUAUGUAUUAUGUUGGAUGGCUAGACAUGCUUAUGGGAGGUAUUAAGGGUCUUGAAUACUUCUAGCCAGAGGGAAAGGUAUGGGGUCAGGCUCACGUAUUGGCUUCUUAUGUUAUUUUCGCAGUAGUUAGAGAAGCUGAUCCAACUCUUGUAUAAUUCGAAUUCACUACAAAGGACGAUCAGGAAUAUUUCUUCAUCCAUUUUGAUAGAGAGAAAUUAAGAACAACUGGAUUCGAAGCCAUAAAGGAAUUCCUUAGAAAGCUUCACAUUCUUAAGUCAAUUGGUGACUUUGAUGAAGCCAAAAAGAUGUUUGAUCACUACUCUGAAGUGGAUGAGACUCUCUUGAAAGUAAGAGAAUUAGUAAUUAAGCAUAAAAUUCCAAGAAGACUUACUAUGCAGCCAAACUUAUUCCUCAAUCAUGAGACAGGAGAACCAUUCUAUAAGGAUUAUGAAGAUAGCUUUGAAGGAUUUAUCAAAUCUGCUUGUGAAAGAUAUCCAGAUCCAUUCUAAGAGGAAGUUUACAGAUAAUGGCUACUAGAUGUCCCUCAUCUUAAGAGGCAUAAAAUAUGA